UGAUAAGAUGUUCUCACAACCCUAACACUCUCUCUCUCUCUUUCUCUCUCUGCAACUUUCUGAUACAACUUCCAGUCUAUCUCGCUCUUCACUUUAGUUUCCCCAUCCCCUACCCAUUACCUUUUUUUAAGAGCACUACACGCUACUACACCACCAUAUCUUUCCUUUUUCCAUUAGGGUUACUAUAAAAGGAAAGAAACAUUACCCCACAAUGGACAUUGACUUUCUGAGGUCAAUCUCCGACGACCAAACCGACAUGAUGAUGCUGAUGCAACUCGACAAGCUCCCAGAUUUCGCAACCGUUUAUGCCGACGACAAGAACCCAUCAACCGAGUUCACAGAUCCAGUAACCACCAACCCCAACAUCUCAUACUCAAUGGAAGAUUUGAACCUCGUGAACCCAUCAUCAACCACCAUUUCCUUCACUUCUCCGAAUGAAACUCCGGGUUGUGAGAUGCAGUUCUUGUCGAGCCCGCGGUGGAGGAAAGGCGGAGACGGUGAGAUUGAGCAGAAGAAGAGAAACUCAAUGGCUGCAAUGAGAGAGAUGAUAUUUCGUAUGGCAGCGAUGCAACCUAUUCAUAUCGACCCCGAGUCGGUUAAGCCGCCUAAGAGGCGGAAUGUGAAGAUAUCGAAGGACCCGCAAAGCGUGGCCGCACGGCACCGGAGAGAGAGGAUAAGUGAGAGGAUUAGGAUACUUCAGAGACUGGUACCGGGUGGAACAAAGAUGGAUACAGCUUCUAUGCUUGAUGAAGCUAUUCAUUAUGUGAAGUUUUUAAAGAAUCAGGUGCAAACGUUGGAGAAAGCCGGGGAGAAUCGGCCUCCGGUAGCCGCCGGGAUCGGGUUUCCGGUGCCGAUGUCGAGUGGGAAUUACAUUCCGAUGGGGGCAUCUGCUAAGGGUUAUCAACAGGAGCAGCAUGUUCAGCAUUAUUUGGGUGCUUAGUUGAAGAGAGUUAUUUUUUGUUUGGGUAUAAAAUGGAUAUCAUGAUUAUCUAAAUGGGUUUAAUAGAGAGUUUGAAAGUAGAUUGUUUUAUUAACGUUGAGAAAAAUAAUCAUAGUGACACAUCAAGUCUUAGGAUUUGGAAACAAUGCAAGUUGUACUUUGGUUAUGAAAUAAUAAUCAUUCCCAUCUCUACAAAAAUGACAUUUGAUUUUUA